AUGUUGCCCAAAACAGUUCUCAUCUCGGUAUUCUUUGCCUUGACAAGUGCUCUCGACCAGAAGGUUGCGACUAUUGGUGCUUGGCCAGCCUCUCAGGAUGGUGCGGUCCCGAUCCGACAAAAUAUCAACAAACUACACGCCGAUGGCGGACCUCAAUGGGAUCUGUACAUCCAGGCCCUACGAAUGAUGCAGGAUGCUAAUGAAGACGAUCCCUUUUCGUAUUUCCAACUUGCUGGUAUUCACGGUCUUCCAUUCAUUGAAUGGGGCAACACCGGUGGUCGUAAUAACGCUACCGGAUGGGGUGGUUAUUGCCCUCACGGAGAAGCCAUGUUUCUCCCUUGGCAUCGUCCGUAUAUUGUUCUUUACGAGCAAAUUGUCGUCAACAAUGCCAGAGCCAUUGCGGAAACCUACCCUGAGGCCCAGCGAGAAAUCUACCGCAAUGCCGCAGACCAGCUCCGCGUUCCAUUCUGGGACUGGGGUGUAGAUGGAAAGGUGCCAGAUGCAGUCGUUCCGGAGAUGAUUACUAUCAAAGCCUCACGCGACGGCACAGUAAAGGACGUUACCAUUCCUAACCCGUUGGCUACGUUUGUAUACCCAAAGUCAUACGGAGCUGGAAAAUAUGGCCCUCCUCCCAUCGAAACUGAGAGGGUUUUGCGCUGCCAGGCACCUUAUAGCUUCCCGGCCACUGCCAAUGCCAACCUCCAGCGACGAAACUACCGCCAGAGAGUGUACGAUGUUUUCAGUCGUGCUGAAACCUUUGACAGUUUCGGAACUGUAGGCAACAAGGGCAUCAGUCUUGAAAGUCUGCACAACAACAUCCACUGGGACGCAGCCUGCGACCAUGCACUGGUUGCUCCCUCCACCUCAGGAUUUGACCCCAUCUUUUUCCUUCAUCACGCAAACGUCGACAGGCUUUGGGCCUACUGGGGGGCAAUGAAGGGUGAUGAGGGCAGCCUCAUCCAACCAUACGUCGGCGGCCCUCGUUGGUCGACUCCCAACGGAACUACUAUUAACCCAGACACGACUCUCCAGCCCUUCUUCGAUCAGAACAAUCAGUGGUACACUAUUAAGUCUGUCGCUGAUGUUGACGCUUUUGGUUACACAUACGAGGGCCUUGAAUUCUGGCGUAAGUCUGACGAGCAGAUGAAGGAGGAUGCCACUACCAUCAUCAACACACUCUACGGCCCUCGAACCCCGAAGGUUCGCCGAGGAGGCUCCCUUAUUCCUCGUGCCAGCGAUAACACUAGACUCUUUGCCGAGAUAAGCGUCGAGGCUUCUGAGCUUAAGGACAGGCCUUGUGAGAUUGAGAUUACUGUCAAGGGCUACAAGGCCAACAGCAUCGUCGUGCUGGCUCAUCCCGUCAGCGGACCUGUCUACGGAGGCUUCUCACUGGACGAGGAUGAAAGCGCAAAUACCUUCUCAGCCCAGUCUGUGGAAGAGACCGUCUCCUCACUGGACGAUAACAUGCAGAUUGCUAUUAUCAAGCCCGACGGAACCCGCUUGGAUGCUAGCCAAAUUCUGAGCUUACAGGUCGAUAUCGAAGAAGUCGACGUCACACCCCGCCAGAAAGACACGGAAAUGCCGGUUGUCUCCUUGCCCCGUGUACACGAAGCCGUCCGUGCUGGCAAGAAGCUGCCUAACAAGCGUCGCAACCUGUAGUUUCGCCACUAGGGUUGGAAGGUGUCAGCUUGGUUAGUGCAUUGCAUUGAGUGUAAGAAGCAUAUUUCAGUCGCUGCAGCUACGGAUGUGACGAGGUAGGCUCCGUCUUGCUCAGCAGCGCCAGCAGCUUGUCCUCGGACAUGGAUUGGAUGGGCAUAUAGAUCCGGGUUGUUUCUGAUAGAUAUUGUAACACAUGUAAUGAAUAUACCGAU